UAUUUAGUAGUAAAAAAGGAACAACACUGAAGCAAGCCGGAUCUUGAAAUCGCGAAAGGAGGAAGGAAGAAGAAACAGAGCAUGUAAAAAAGCUUCACACUUUCUCGUAAAAAUGGCGACUUUUCGCCCUUCUCUCUUCUUCUUCUUCGCCUUCUUCCUCCUCUUUCUAACCUCUGCAACUCCCCUCGCCGUUUCAUCCCUAGUGAAUCCCAACCCCUUCAAACCCCCUCGGAUCCCUUACUCCGAUCACUGCAACCACAUCGUCCCCGAGUCCCCCACCGAUCCUUCUCCCUCCGCCGCCUCCAGCCCCGCCUCGCUCGCGUUCGACGUCAGCUUCUUCUCCGGCGGCGACUCCUUCUUCAAUCGGAACCAGCCGCGAAGCUCCGACGUCAAAUCCGCUAGCUUUCGGGCCAAAUCGAUCCGCAAAACAUUGGGCGACGGUGGAAUCUACAGAGUCGAGGCGAGAUUGACUUUACAAAUCUCCAGAACCUCCGGCGAUUUAGGGCAGCGAAAUAUGAUUCAGGUGACGCAGAUCGACGGACGCAGGAUCCCGGUGAGCUUUAUGGGUGGACAAAGUUUCGAACUUUACGGGUUUUGGUCGGAACGUACAGGACGAGUCUGUUUGGUCGGAUCAGCUCAGGUUUUGUCUCCGUUUGGGACUUAUAAGCCCUUUGAUGCUCGUCUAAUGCUUAGCUACUCCAAUGAGUCUAACAUCUACGGGAGUUUGGUGAAGGGAGUGUUGGAGAGCGUGAGUAACCAGAGUGAUUUUAAAACUGUAUCGAUUCUCGGCGCAAGGAACACUCCUUUGAACUAUGAGUACAAGUUGUUAGAGGAAUCGAAUGCUGAGUGUGGGAGGAACAGCGAGGAGAGUUUGUCUGUGGAGAGUGUUUUAGGAGGUUUGUGUAAGGUGUUUGAAGGUAGAAGUCAUGUUUACAGAACUACUGAUUGUGGGAUUAACCGUACUUGCAGCAGUGGUGUAGAGUACAUGUCUCUCUUGUCGUUGCUGUGUGAUGGCGAGAAGAUGCGGAUGGUUUUGUCGUUUAGUAACACUAGCGGUGUCAGCAGGUUGUUUUCUUUUGAUCCGAGGACUGCUUUGGUUGCAGAGGGAGCUUGGGAUGUGGAGAAGAAUAGGUUCUGUGGCGUUGCGUGCAGGAUCUUGAAUUUUACGGAUUCUUUGAGUAAUGCUAAGGUUGGUGACUGUUCACUGAGGUUGAGUUUGAGGUUUCCAGCUUCCUUGUCGAUUAAAAGAAGGGCUCCAGUAGUUGGGGAGCUUUGGAGUGCCAAAACAGGUAGGAUCGAGUUCUCAAGCCUAAGUGAUCCGUUGUGGCGCUUCUCUGGUCUGAGGUAUGAGUAUACAGAGAGCGAGAGAGUGAGUAAGCUAUGCAAGAGCCGGUCCAAAAGCAAAGGAAAGCAUUACCCUGAUGCUCAAACUUCAGACAUGAGAUUUGUCAUGUCAGUGAAAUAUCCUGGAGGAGUGAGAUCUGCACGUGCAAGCCCUUACUUCGUUGGAGAUAGACUGUAUCAUGAUCUCUUGGUUCGUGGGGAAGGCGCUGGUGUAACUAGAAUAAUCCCUAUGAAUGUUACAAAAAGCUUCACCAACAUCACUUACAUGAUCCGUUUCUUGAAUCCUGUUUCAGAAUCUCGUGGAGAUAUUUUUGCAGAGGGGACAUAUGAUAAGGAAACAGGUGAGUUAUGUAUGGUUGGAUGUCAAUCAGUUAAGCUAAACAGCACAAUGACUGUUGACUGCAGUCUUGCAAUCAGAUUCAAGUUUUCACCUAUUGAUUCGAGAAGCGAUGACCGGUUAAAAGGAACCAUCGAAAGUACACGGGAGAAGAUAGAUCCGCUUUAUGUUGGACGCAUGGAGGUUGCGUCUAGGUCAAUCUACGUUCAUCAAGCGAAAGAAUCUGUUUGGAGAAUGGAUUUUGAGAUUGCUAUGGUGUUAAUAUCCAACACACUCUCGUGUCUCUUCGUUGGGAUGCAGCUUUACCAUAUGAGUAAACACCAAGAAACACUUCCUUUCAUCUCCAUCGCAAUGGCGACACUUCUAGUACUCGGUCACAUGAUUCCUCUUCUGUUAAACUUCGAAGAGAUUUUCAAAAGCAGCCGUAACCAGGGGAGCUUGUUCUUCGAGAACGAUAGAUGGCUUGAAGCCAAGGAGAUUGUGGUGAGGAUAGUGACGAUGAUAGCUUUCUUACUCGAGUGCCGUCUUCUCCAGCUAGCUUGGAGUGCUAGAAAAGCCGCGAAGAAUCAUCAUCACCGUGACAGCGUGUGGAAAGCAGAGAAGAUGGUGUGUUACGUGUGUUUGCCACUCUACGUCACAGGUGGAUUGAUAGCUUGGCUAGUGAACCGUAACAGGACUCCUAAAAGAGUUGUCUACAUAGGGAAGCCACGCGCUGCUCGGAACCUCUUGUACCGUCCCGUGACAUUGAAACGCUCUUUCCAACGUCCUUCUCUGUGGAAAGAUCUAAAGUCUUAUGGAGGUUUGAUGCUUGACGCGUUCCUUCUUCCUCAGAUACUCUUCAAUGGGUUUAGCAACUCGGACGCAAAGGCUCUUGCUGCUUCGUUUUAUGGUGGACACAGCUUCGUUCGUUUGCUUCCUCAUGCUUAUGAUCUCUACAGAAGUCACAGCUACGGGAAGAUUCUUGACUGGUCGUUCAUUUAUGCAAGCCACAAAGUGGACUACUACUCCACUGCGUGGGAUGUCAUUAUUCUCUGCAUCGGUUUCGUUUUCGCUGUUGUGGUUUUCUUGCAGCAGAGAUUUGGGGGUCGCUGUUUCAUCCCUAAGAGGUUCAUAGAGGAUGUGAGAUAUGAGAAAGUUGUGGAGUUGCAAGAAACUGGUGAGCUACACAAGUCCAAUGAUUCUUGAUGAUAUACAGAUACACCACAGUUUUGUCUUUUAUUGUUUUUUGUUGGUUGUAGUAUAUCCAACUUUUUCUUUUGUGUGAAGAGAUUGUUACAAGAGUGAAUAUGAAGUUACAAUAAGCAUAUAACCAAAUUCCUGAAGUUAACUUUGCUUAUAA